AGCUGCGGAGGCUGCAGCUGCUAAGUACUUGGAGGUGGAAAAACGUUGCUCACAGGCUCACAGCCCUCGUGAACAGGACCACUACAGAGCGAGAACAUUGGCUUGCAUGAGGUCACGGAUAAUUCCUGAACCGGUGAAGCUUUUCAUUUAUUAUUUUAUCCAUUUAGCGGAGUCAACAAGACCGAGAUAGGAGCAACGAAAACAAGUCAUGAACGGGGAUAUUGUCUGCAAAUCAGUCGCUGUCUUAAACCACACCAAGUCCUCACCUCAGAGUCAGGAUGAAAAGUCCAUCACUCUGAUACAAGAAGAGAGGUUCUCCACAAGAAACCUACAGCAAAAUGAUGAGAGGCAGGAGCAGGAUUACAGAACAAAUACUAUUACUAUGCCAAAAGACUCAAAGAGCUGGUGUCCUCCCUGCUGGUCAGAUGAACAACUAUCACCUCCACAGCUCUACUGCUCUCAGACCUGCCUUCCCUCACAGACCGAGUCCUCGCUGCCUCUAAGUAAUGGCAUAUGCCACAGUCUUCUCCUCAGUGACACCGUCAGCUCUCUACAUCGACACCAGAGAAGGAAAGUGCGGCCCAAGAGUGACAGAAAGAAAACACCACAAAGAAUUGCUGCUGGGAAGAACGUGCAAAACAGAAAAGUCACUGACUACUAUCCAAUCAGACGCAGCUCAAGGAAAAGUAAAACAGUUCUAGAGUGUGAAGAAAAGAAGCUGAUAGAUGACCUGAUAACAAAAGGAAUAGAGGAAGGAAUGGAGGUGCAGCAUAUAGAUGGGAAAGGAAGAGCAGUGUUUGCCACACGGUGUUUCCAGAAAGGAGAAUAUGUAGUGGAGUACCACGGAGACCUGCUGGAGAUCAACGACGCCAAAAAGAGAGAAGCUGAAUACGCUCAAAACCCUGCCACUGGCUGCUACAUGUACUACUUCCAGUAUCUCUGCAAAACAUACUGUGUGGACGCCACAAAGGAAACGGGUCGAAUGGGAAGGUUGAUAAAUCACAGUAAAAACGGAAACUGCCAAACCAAGCUCCACAACAUUAAUGGUGUCCCACACCUCAUCCUUAUCGCCUCACGAGACAUUGACGAAGGCGAGGAGUUGCUGUACGACUAUGGAGACCGGAGUAAAGCCUCCAUCGCUGCUCACCCAUGGCUUAAGUACUGACUGUAUGGACCUCAAAACAAAACAAGCAGGGAAACUUACGAGGGCGAACUCCUGUGUUUCUCAUUUGCUUGCGUUCAAAAUGCCUUAUCAACAGAAUGCAUACCCUUUAUGUUGCAAAUGAAGGACACAGGAUGGAUUCAGUAGCUAUCAACUGGACUGGGUUUGACCAGGUACUUAUGUUUCACACUGAGGUCCAGCUGCUCGGUCAGGUGACAUCUGUACUUUUAUUUAUAAGUUGUUCUGACGUAUUCUAGAUUGUUUUGCAGCAACAUUUCUUUUGUACAUUUUGUAUGACCUAUAGACCAAUGCUUCUACAGCAUGCAGGUAGUAGUGGAGGCACUGCAUUUUUAUACUGCAUUUUUCCUAAUUAGUGAUAAGACACUUAGCAAUACUUACUACUCUUGGCCCCACAGUGACUUUAUAUUUAAUGCAACAUAAAACUCCCGCGGUUAAAGAUGCACACUAUCACAAGGACUUGAAUUCCAACCAAUCAACUCGCACCAUUAUAUUUCAGUGGGAGUGCAACAGUUGAUCAUGGCCGUGGAUCAUUUUGGUACUAAUUAGGAGACACUGACACUUGAUGAUGAAGAUGAUGAUGAUGAAAGUGUUCAAGUAUGGACUUAUAGAAAUACAGAAGGUGCCCUGUCUUUUGUUUUAGUCUUAACAUAGUAUUUUUUUAAUAUUUAAGCUGCACAUUUGAAUUGUGCCCUAACCUGAAGAAAUAUUUCAAUCAUAGACAACUUUUUUUUAUGACUUGAGUUUCUUGACAGGGAGUUGUUUAUAAGAGUUUGUUAUAAAUUGAAAAAGUGAUAAUACACUGAACCUUUGCAAUCCAUUUUAAUUUUACCUGCAUAUCUUUUUUUUUUGCCUCUGCAUUAUUGUCCUGUGUACAUAAAUAUUUAUUUCUCUGUCAGGGCUUAGAUAAACAGUUAGUUUGUUGUUUUUAGGAGAAUUAUUUAAAAUUACUCGCAUUUAAACAAACGUCUUGGUAUGGAUUAAUCAUUUCAGGUAAUGUCUUUUAGCUUCUGGGGAAAAAUACAAUGUUAGGACUUUCUGUUCUUUACUGUGGCCAAUCAAGGUAAAGACCAAAGGACCAAAAAGGUUGGUUUAAUCAGUUCUCAUAAAUAUAAUCAUCCCCAGUAAUAAUGUGCAGUUGAGAAGAAAAUAUUUUAAUAAUUAUUAUCCACAAAAACAAAACAUGUAUCUUGAAUAUAUCCUUUAGUAUUAACUUGAAUUCAUUGGCCUUGUAAAAGAAUUAUAUAAAGAUAAAGUAAGAUUGCUAAAUAAUACCAAUGUAUUCUGGUAUGUUUUAAAACUUUUUAAUUAUAUAAUAAUGGUAUUCCCUCAUGUGAAUUGAAAAAAUGUUAUCCACAACAAUAACGAAAUGGUAAAGACAUUGAAGCAUUUGAAGACACACUUCACAAAUGAUCUGCUGUCUAAUAGAGUUUAAUCCAUCAAUGUAUAGGGAGUGAUGUUUCCUCUUUGUACAAAUGUGUUUUUUGCUGCAUCUUUUACAUUUUAAACUCACUGAUUCCAGUCUUAUUCUUUUAUAUUCUUGUAGCAAAGGAGCAGGAGGUUUACUGAAGUAGCUAAUACGCCUAUCCCUACACAAUACCAAAAUGAAAACCCAAAUGUUCCAUCUUCUCAGGCAUCUGGAAAAAAGUUUUGUUCUUGUACAGAGCUGGCUCUUCCACUAUUUCCAGUAUUUUUGUUCAGCUCACAUAAUGUUCCACUUGUGGCCCUAGCUCCGUGUUUCUCAUCUCUUAGAAGAAGUAUUUUAAAAAGGUCACAUUACUUCCAAAACAGAAACACCUCUGGUAUGUCAGCACUCUUUAUAUUCACUUCACAUGCUUUGGAUGAACUGUUUCACUCCCACUGUUUUUGCCAAUGUGGCAUUUUUCUUUUUGUUCUUGAGCUAAAAGGUCAACUGUUGUAAUCAUUUACCUACAAUGUUUGAGUGUUUACAACAACUGAGGGAACAGAAAGAAUUAAAAUACAUUGAAUGGUUUUGUUUGUGAUCAAAUGGACUCAGCAUUAAGGAUAUGUACCAGUUUUCUUAUUUUAUUUAUACAACCCCUAAUUUGUAACCAUUGUGAAACAGUACCACAGAAGAAUUGCAGUAUGCAGUAUAUCAGAUGUUUUUGGAGUUGUUUUUAUUUUGUUUUUAACAGUUGUUGAGUGAGCAUCUCUUACCUUGCCACUGCUGCUUAGAUCCUAGAUGACAACCAAACUACCAGCUAAUAGCACUCCUUAUAAUUAAACAUUCACAGUGCUCUAAUUGGGAACCAUUCACAUGGGUGAUCAAGUGGGUACUAGAUGGUAUUGAACUAAGAAUGUGGGCAUCGGACAACUGUCAUGCACAUAUACCAUGUGGUUCGCUGAUGUCUGUAUAUUCCAGGUAAAGAUUGUUUCAUUUAAUUUGUCAUCAGAUCAAACACAUCUGCAAUGUAAUGAUUUGUGUAUUAUUUAAAUGUUUGCAAACUCGACCUCUAUGAAUUGUCACACAGUAACUCCUUCCUUCCUUCUGACAUGCAUCCUGAUAUUUUCCAGUAGGAUUGCAGAUGUAUAUUUCUUUGUCUUUGGUGUAUUUAUUUCAACACAUCUUUAGGUUUCACUUAAAGGUCCAGUGGGUAACAGAACUUUUCAUGUCACCCCUCCUCCCUUUCUCAUUCUCAGCAUGGAGUUAUGGUGGCCUUAAAAUACCAGGAAGGAUGUGAAUGAUUUUUACAUGUCUCUCCACUUCUUACAUCAUUUCCUUCUUCCUUCUUCUUAAUUCUUUGUUAGUAGACAAAGCUUUGGUUUCCAAACUGAAAUGCAAACAUGUUGUGUUUGGUCUUGUCAAGAACAAUUACAGCACAUAGUGGCAGCCUCUUUGAUGGUCUGUAUAAAAGCUGGUCAAAUGAACCUUCUUAAUGCAACAAACUGGACCUUUAAAUGAACUGGAUUAGAACCACUGGAUUAGAUUAUGACUGCUCAAAUCCAUAAUUUCUGUAGCAGCCCUUUGUCCUAAAUGUUGGAAAUCACUUAAGUGUUCCCUCGUUCUCCUACUUUAUACCCAGUCAUAACAGUACGUGCUAAGAUUCAGAGUUUUUAGUCUUUUUAUUUUGUGUUCAUAUCAUCAUCAUCAUCACAAGUCAGAAUGAUCAGUGUUUAUACAUGUAAGAUGAUAACAGCUGUUGAUUUUUCAUUUAAGCACUACACCCCAUCAUCUCUAACUGUCACGGUGGGUAGAAAAGUGUCAAACUUUUCCAAGGGAGCCUUUUUUAAACAAACUUUUUAUGUACAACUAAUGCAAUAAUACACAGGAGGUGGUAGUGACCUGUAGGACAUUUUAAUAUGUUAUAAAUAGACCUUUGCUGUUGUAGCGUUGAAUAAAUCUUAAUGCUGGGGUUUUAAAGCAUUGAGGAAUAAAGAGGUGUUAUGCAAGAGAAAAAA